ACACACCCUGCCCACUGACAGACCGUCAGAUUUAUCCUACAAAUAGUCGCAGUUCAUCCGAAAGAGUCGCAUUUUCAUACCACAGGGUAGCCUUUAUUUCAGAGAAUCAUGUUCGUUAAGGUUGUAGUCUUACUCUUGGUGCUCGUGUUGGCGGUGACGAGCAGCAUGCUUGUCGGAACCCCAGUGAACGCAGACAUAAAAGACCCGAAGAUCAAGCAGGCCGUGCUGUUCGCAAUCGCUGCGUAUAACGCGAAAUCAGAGAGCAUUUACACCAGUAAAGUCCUUAAGGUGAUCAACGCUCAGUCACAGGUUGUUUCUGGUAUAAAGUACACCUUUACCGUUAAGAUUGCCACGACUUCCUGUAAAAAAAUGCAUGCUAAAAGGAAAUGUUACGUCCAUUCGGACCCAGCAAUUGCAAAUCCUCAUAAAUGCAAACUUGCAGUGUGGAGUCAGCCUUGGCUAAAACGCAUGGAGCUGGUUGCAAAUACCUGCUGAGAGAGACCAGUUACCAUCAAAACUGAUGAACACUUCAAAAGUAAAUUUAGUAACCUGCCUCUGCUAUCAAAUACUGUAAUUUGGCAUAUUCAUUUUAAUAAAAUGAUUUUAUGAAUGA